AGCCUACGUCUUGCGUUUCUUUCUUUUCUAGCUUUGAGGAACGGUCACCUCAUGAUGAUGUGUGCACACUCCGCCUCUUCCCAGCUGAUGCUCGCGCCCUGCUGUCAAUUUCUAUUCUGAGAAGAGUAGUUGAGGAAGGGGGGAAACAGAAAACAAGAGAGGGUCUGCGGGGUAGCGCAGCAAAAUAUCCAUGGGUGGUUGUGUGGGUAGUCAUCAUGAUUCUUCAGGCAGUUUAAACGAAAAUUCAGACGGAACUGGAGUGGCCCUGGGGCGUAACCAGCCCCUGAAGAGAGAGAAGCCCAAAUGGAAGAGUGACUAUCCGAUGACGGACGGGCAGUUGCGCAGCAAGCGUGAUGAGUUCUGGGACACGGCGCCGGCCUUCGAAGGCCGUAAGGAGAUCUGGGACGCGCUCAAGGCCGCUGCCCAGGCCUUCGAGAGCAACGACCAUGAGCUUGCGCAGGCCAUCAUCGACGGCGCCAGCAUCACUCUACCACAUGGUGCCCUGACCGAGUGCUACGAUGAGCUGGGCAACCGCUACCAGCUGCCCGUGUACUGCCUGUCACCGCCGGUCAACAUGAUUGAGGAGAAGAGUGAGCUGGAGCCUCUGGAGGCGGCCGAGCCGCCACCGGCCAGCGAGGGCCAGGAGUGCCCGCUACGCCUGCGCCUGUCCACUGGCCGCGACCUGCGGCUGGCGGUGCGCACCACGGACACCGUGCAGCACAUGAAGCGGCGGCUGCAGGCGCAGGAGGGUGUGGCAGCGGGCGCCCAGCGCUGGUUCUUCUCGGGCCGGCCGCUCACCGACAAGAUGCGCCUGGAGGAGCUGAAGAUCUCGCGCGACUACGUGGUGCAGGUGAUCGUCAGCCAGCCGCCUGCGUCCGUCUCGCCACAGCUGCCGCCUCAGAACCCCACGCCCGUGGAGAACUAGCGGCCGGAGAGGGGGGUAGCUCUGGGUGGGGAGGGUAGGUGAUGUUGGAAGGAAAGGAGGGGGUAGUAGCGUCACGUCAGUGAAACAGGACCUGCCUUUGACUCAUCAAAGGGAGUCGCUGCCUAGGAUGUUCUUGCCAUUUGACUGAAUUCCAUUUCCAUCAGGGUUGGCUCUGUGAGGGCUAUAAGACUGUUGUUGGCACGUGAAGGAGUUGCAGGAGAAGAGAAAUGCAUAUGGCAUGACUAACUGGAAGGACUUGAGUCAGAGUUUGGGAGCUAAAGAUCGCCUCAGCCCCCCUUCUGAAUUAUUGGAGUUCUUCUGGAGGAAUGCUGGGCCGGGUGCCGUCCUCCGCUCUAUCUCUCUCUCUCUCCCCCCUCUCUGGUGAUGAGAUCAUGCAGAGUGUCUGCAAAGCAGACUGUGGACGGACCAGUGGACGCGCCUGCCUCUUGGUCCCUCCCAGGAAAACUUUAACGCACUGCACAUAACUAAGAGCAGGCACAUCAGACUUUAAUACAGGUCCUUUUGGGUUUGUAAAAAGGAGGGGGGGGGGGACUUUUUUCAGAUGUUUUUCUCAUUUACAUUACGUUUUAGGUUUUUGAUGGAAACUGAACAACCAAAAAAAGAGCCAGGAAAUUUGAAACAGAACAGAGGGAAACAUUUCUUAUGAAAAAACCUGCCUUUUCUGAUAAUAUCUCUUUCAGCCUCUGGUCCAAUCAUUUCUAUGAGGUCAGUUGUCCAUUUCUUGCCUAUUGUACAUUGCACUCUGUCUGCAACCUUGAAACAUUUGACAAAUUGGGUAUUUUUAGCUGGUCGACCAGUUCUUAAAUGGGGAAAGCCUUCUUUUGUAAUAAAUCACCUGUCUUGA